CUGAAAUAGACUCCGUAUAUAAGACUCAAAGCCGAUCUCUUGUUCUUACCUUCGUCCCCCUCUCUCUUCUCCUCUCACGCUCCUUUCAUCUGUCUCCUUCCUUCUCUGAGGCUCCCUUCAUUCCUGUGUCCCUUCUUUUACACAGCCAAGAUGGCGAUGCAAGACUUACUCAAAGCUGAUGACAUCAAGAAGGCCCUGGACACAUUCAAAGCUGUUGACUCCUUUGACCAUAAGAAGUUCUUUGAGCUGGUGGGUCUGAAGGCCAUGUCUGCAGAGAAUGUUAAGAAGGUCUUCAAAGUCCUGGACGUUGAUGCCAGUGGCUUCAUUGAGGAAGACGAGCUCAAGUUUGUGCUGAAGGGAUUUUCCAAAGACGGCAGAGAUCUGACCGAUAAGGAGACCAAAGCCUUCCUCGCUGCCGCUGACAAGGAUGGAGACGGCAAGAUUGGCAUCGACGAAUUUGAAGCCAUCGUGCACCAGUAAAAAAGAAAACACCUGACAACCCUGAAACUCAUUCUUCUGUGCUCCUGUCCUUCACUCUGUCCCUCCAUCCCUCUAUUUAUUUUUUUUUUAUACAGAAAACACCCUCAUCGCCUGUUUUUCACACCUCCUUCCCAUCACUUUUUCUGUUUCUCAAACAUGUUUACCCCCCUCCCCCCCUUUUCCCAGCAUUUUAAACAUCUGAUCCCUCCCCACCCGUACCUCCCUGCCCCACCCGGUCCCUAUCCCUCGGUCCAUCCGGUCGAGGCAGUAAAAAAUAAUCAUGACAAAUCGUGACGAUGAGCUGUGAAGGAAGAACGAAAGAGAGAAAAAUUAAAAGACAGAAAUAAAGUGAAGUCUGAACA